AUGCCACCGAUACCCCCUUCCCUCCGCGCCGCCCGCGCUCAAUGGCGCACCUGCGCCCAACACCUCCACGCCUCCACCAACCCCCCCAAAACCCGCCUCUACAGCACAACCCGCACCCUCCGCUCCACCACCAGCACCAGCACCAGCACAGCCAGCAACCCCCUCCGCAGCGCCGCCCGCGCGCCACGCAGCCGCGAACAAGACCUCGCGCGGAGCAAACGGUCAAUGUACAUCUCAGCGACAGGGAUGAUCGUAUGCGCCAUCGGAAUGUACGGGGUGAUCAAAGCGGACGUAUUCGGUUUGGAACAAACCACCGCCACCACCACCGACGGAGUCGAAAUCGAGAACACCACCACCACAAGCGGCAGCACCAAACUCGACGGCCCCAGCACGGGCUUUCCCACAAAGCCCACGCUAACGCACAUCCAAUCCGCCAGCAGAAACCCCGACCAAGUUGAGACAGGGACGAGCUCGAUCCCGCAUUUCCCGGCAGUGAUUUAUCUGCCGAAGUGGUUGGAGAGUGAGGAUAAUAAUACUCCUGCGUCUGCGACGGAUUUGCCUGUGGAGAGUAAUGGAAAGGAGGGUGAAGGGGAGGAAUACCAUCUCCUAGGAUUGGGUAUUCGGACAGUCUCGUUCCUCAAUUUCCAGGUGUAUGUUGUGGGAUUGUAUGUUGCGAAGGAGGACUUGGCGGAGCUGCAAUCGCGACUGGUGCGCACGGCGGUGCAUCCUCCCGGGGAGGGGACGGAGUCGGUGAUUGAUAAUGAGGUGGGGGCUACGGCUGCGACGUCGUUGGUGUCGAUGGAGAGGGAGAAGUUGAGGGAGUUGUUGUUGGAUGCGGAGAAGGGGGAGCAGGCGUGGGAUGUGCUGUUGAAGAAGGAUGGGUUGAGGACGGCGUUUCGGGUCGUGCCGACGCGGAAUACGGAUUUCUUGCAUUUGAGGGAUGGGUGGGUGAGGGGGAUUACGGGUAGGGCGCAGAGGUAUAAUAAGGUUGAGGGUGGUGGUAAGGGGGAGUUUGAGGGCGAGGAGUUUGGUCAGGCUAUGGGGGAGUUUAAGGGCCUUUUUGGAGGUGGGCAGAGGAAGAGUGUGCCUAAGGGACAGGUGUUGGUGUUGGCGAGGGGCAAGAAGGGACAGUUGGAUGUGUUGGUUCAGGGUGGUGGUGAUGGGAAGGAUGCGCUGCCGGAUAGGUAUUUGGGUAGGGUCAAGGAUGAGAGGGUGAGUCGGUUGGUGUGGUUGAAUUAUUUGGCGGGGAAGAAUGUCUCGAGUGAGGGGGCCAGACACAGUGUGGUGGAUGGGAUUAUGGGGGUUGUGGAGAGGCCGGUUGGGACUGUAUAAUCCCCCUCUCUCUCUGUCUCUCUCUCUCUCUAUACUACUCCUUUCCUAUUUCUGAUGUUUGAGUAUGUAGUGUAUGUAUGUAUUAUAUAUGAUCUGAUAGCACCAAUCAAUUAUCUAUCAUU